GGACUUUCGGACAUGCAAGGAUGGCGGAUCAGUAUGGAAGAUUCUCAUUCUGUUCAUUUAUAUCUACCCCCCGCCGACGGCGGAGCACCUCCUAGCGAAGGACCUGCUUUACUAGGAGUAUUUGAUGGUCAUGGCGGGUCGACCGUAGCCAAAUUCACUGGAACGACAUUUCACACACGAUUAGCUGGAUUGGAAGCGUAUAAAAAUGGCGAUUAUGAGGUUGCGUUAAAAGAAGUGUUCAUGAAGACGGAUCGGGAUUUAAGAGCAGACCCAAACUUUUUUAAUGACCCCUCGGGAUGUACAGCAGUGGUGGGACUAGUGACGACUGAUGGGCGGAUCAUAGCGAAUGCUGGCGAUUCACGUUCUGUUCUUGGAUACAAAGGGAUCGCAAAAGAUCUCUCUCAUGAUCAUAAACCAACAAAUGCUGGCGAAACUGCUCGAAUAACAUCGGCAGGAGGAUUUGUAGAGUUUGGACGUGUGAAUGGAAAUCUAGCCUUGUCUAGGGCUAUCGGCGAUUUUGAAUUCAAACAGAAUUACUCCCUGGAACCUGAAAAGCAGAUCGUCACAUGCGAUCCAGAGAUUACAACACAUAACAUAGAUGGCGAGGAGGAAUUCAUUGUAUUUGCAUGUGAUGGUAUUUGGGACUGUCUGACAUCACAACAAGUGAUCGACUUCAUCCGUCGAGGUGUAGCCAACGGCGAUGAUUUGGGCAAGAUAUGCGAGGAUCUGAUGACAAAAUGUUUGGCGACGAGUUCGGAGAGUGCAGGAUUGGGAUGUGACAACAUGACCGUGGUCAUUGUAGCAUUAUUGAACGGUCGGACACCGGAUGAAUGGCAGGCUUGGGUGAAGAAGCGCGUGGAGGAUAGGGGUGAGUUCCUUAUCUAG